UCAUAUCGGAAUUGACACAAAUUCCCGAAUUGGGUUAUGCCUACAUAUGUAUGUAAGUAUGUAUGUACAUACAUAUGUUCUCUUAAAUUCGAUUGAAUGAUGAUUUAGCAAAUAAAAUCGCUGCACUUGCUUCGGAAACAAUAGAUGCUGAUAAGCCAUGCACUUUACUCAUAUAAUGCCACUGCAAUAGUUAAUGCUAGUUGAUCAAUUGCAACGAUGAGUGCCAGACGCAGUAGCAGCAGCGGCAGCAACAACAUUAUUUGCCAAGUGCGUUGUGGCAUCUGCUUGGAACAUUACACGGCCACAGAUAUCGUCCUGGCUGCCAAAUGUGGACAUCUUGUUCACGGCACUUGCCUCAAUGAGUGGCAAAAACAGUCAAGGGAUUGCCCUAUUUGCCGCAAGAGAAAUGACGAUUAUUUUCAAAUCUAUUUGGACAUGGAUGCAACUCCCUCACCUUCAAGCCGGACGCAGAGCUAUAGACAAAGCCAAGGCCAAGGCCAAAGACAGAGUCAAAGUCUGAACCAAGUUCCUAGCGGCCACAAUCGAAGGCAGACCCAAUGUCACCAUCACAACCAAUGUCAACCUCGAUUUCGAUUUCCGGACUCCGACGACGAUGAAGAUGAAGAUGAACACCAUUCGUUUGAGAAUAUGAUACUGCAACAAACCCUUUUCCGAUCCGAGAUAGAGUAUUUGAACACUCGCUUUCGGAAUUUUACGUCGAUGUUUGAUGACUCCGAUUAGUUUCAUUUCAUAUUAACAAACCAAAUAUGUAUGUAUAUUUAUACACACAUACAUAUGCAUAUGUAAAAUAAAUAAUUGGGAAUUCCGGAAUAUCCCACAAACCUAACAAAAGUCAAGAAAAUUUAUUAUGUUGACACUUAACAUUUCCUAAAUAUUAUGCGAAACUUAAAUAAG